CACCAGGUGCUCGGGUUGAUAGAGUUCCUCCCCGUCGAUUCCAAACUGCCUAUUUCUUUUGCACUGCAGUCUCUGCCAAAUGUGAUAAAUAUUGAACGUACUUGUUUUCUUAUUUACCUGAAGAUUCCUCAGUGGUGUGCUGAGUACUGCCUCUCCAACCGCUACCAACACGGGGUGGUUGUAUGCACCCAGGUGCACAAGCGGACAGCGGUGUGGCUGGCGUGGCGCGUGGCCGAUGAAAUGGAUGUCAACGUUGGCCACGAAGUGGGGUAUUUCAUCCCGUUUGAAAGCUGCUGCACAGCAGAAACCAUCCUGAGAUACUGUACAGACGACGUGCUGCAAAGAGAAAUGAUGUCUGUUCCUCUCCUCAACUACUAUGGAGUCAUCAUCUUGGAUGAUGUGCAUGAAAGAACUGUUCCAACUGAUGCACUACUUGCCCUGCUUAAAGUUGUCUUAGUAUCACGGCCAGAACUGAGGCUGGUGAUACUCACUGCUCCCCAUAUGUCCAGCAAAUUGCAGAAUUAUUACGGCAGUGUCCCCAUCAUACGAGUGCAAAGCAAACACCGCACAGAGGUUGUAUACACUUGUGGCAUCCAGAAAGACCACUUUCUGUCUGCACUAAGGCUGCUCUUUGAGAUACACCAUGCGAAAGAGAAGGGUGAUAUUGUGAUCUUCCUGGCAUGCGAACAAGAAAUUGAGAAAGCCUAUCAAAUUAUCAAACGAGAAGAGUCUAAUUUAAAUCCUGACCUUGGAGAACUCAUCCCAAUUCCUUUAUACCCCACAAGAAAAGACUUCAUUCCCAAACCAAAACAAGAUAAACAGAAAUGCUGCAAAAAGUACAGAAGAAAAGUGCUACUAACUACAAGUUUUGGAGAAUCUUUAGUUUGGAUAAAAAAUGUAACAUUUGUCAUUGAUGUCGGAGUUGAAAGAAGGAAGGUAUACAAUCCUAGAAUCAGAGCAGACUCUGUUAUAAUGCAGCCUAUCAGCAAAAGUCGAGCAGAGAUGCACAACCAAAUUCUGGGAAUGUCUUCAUCAGGAAAACUCUUCUGCUUGUACCCUGAAGAAUUUACAUACAAAGAAAUGAAACCACAUCUACCAGCCAAAAUACAAGAAUCAAACCUAACCAGCCUGGUUCUCUUCCUAAAGAGGAUGGAUAUAGCAGGCUUGGGACACUGUGACUUCUUAAGUAGACCAGCUCCUGAAAGUUUGAUGCAGGCUUUGGAAGAUCUUGAUUAUCUAGCAGCCCUGGAUAAUCAUGGAAACCUUUCAGAAUUUGGAAUUAUCAUGUCAGAAUUUCCUCUAGAUCCACAAUUGUCCAAGUCGAUUUUGGCUUCAUGUGAAUUUGAAUGUGUUGAUGAAAUGCUCACCAUCGCGGCCAUGCUAACAGCUCCCAACUGCUUCUCCCGGGCACCUCCUGGAACAGAGGAGAUUGCUCUCACCUGCUGGCGAAAGUUCUCACACCCUGCAGGAGAUCACUUCACCCUCAUCAAUGUCUUCAAUGCUUUCAAGGAGGCCAGUGGAAGCUCCACAAACCAGUACUACAGUAAUGAGAAAUGGUGUCGUGAUUAUUUUCUAAGCUGUUCUGCACUGAGGAUGGCAGAAACUAUUAAAGCUGAACUAGUAGAGAUUAUGAGACGGAUUGAACUUCCCAUUUCAGAACCAGAUUUUGGAUCUGAAGAAAAUAUUCUCAGCAUAAAGAAAUCUCUCAUAUCUGGUUACUUUAUGCACAUUGCUCGUGAUGUGGAUGGCUCAGGUAACUACUUAAUGCUAACACACAGACAAGUAGCUCAGCUUCAUCCUUUCUCAUCGUAUUACAACACCAGAAGGAUUCCCGAGUGGGUUCUGUUCCAUGAGUUUAGCWUAUCAGAAGACAAUUCCAUCAGGGUCGUCUCCGAGAUAUCACCUGACCUAUUCGUGGAGCUGGCACCUCAGUACUAUUUUACCAACCUUCCUCCUAGCGAAAGUAAGGAUAUGCUGCARGAAGUCAUCAAUCAUUUGUCACCCGUUUCAACCAUGGAGGAACAGAAAGCAAACUAUGACAAGGAAGAAUGUGGAAAAUAUCCCCAAAGUCCCACUGAACAAAGAUGUAUUAUUCAAUGA